AUGAAAGUUCUCAUCAACGGCGGCGGCAUCGGCGGCCCCGCCCUAGCCACCCUCCUCCUCCGCUCCAACCCUCACCACGAUAUCCUCAUCGUGGAGCGCUCGCCCUCGCUCCGCGACGGCGGACAGCAGAUCGACCUGCGCGCCCAGGGCAUUUCCAUCAUGCGCAAAUUGGGGCUCUUGGAACCCAUCAAAGCCGUCUGCGUGGCCGAGAGCGGCAUGGCGUUUAUGGACUCGGCGGGCAGACAGAAGGCCGUAUUUGGCGUUAAUAAUUCGGGCAAGGGCCAGCAGGGGUUCACGAGCGAGUAUGAGAUUAUGCGGGGGGACUUUGUGCAUGUGCUUUAUGAAGCGAGAGGAAAGGGGGUCAGGUAUGAAUUUGGGAAGUAUGCCCAGGGAAUUGAGCAGGAGGGCGAUGGGGUCACGGUGACGUUUUCGGAUGGGAAGACGGAGAAAUUCGAUAUGGUUGUCGGGGCGGAUGGACAGGGGUCGCGCACACGGCGCAUGUUGUUCGGCGCCAAGGCGGGAGAGGCGGCGUUCCACCCCCUGGGGCCUUAUUAUGCCUUCUACAGCAUACCCCGGGAAAAGACGGACGACGCCACGGCGCGGAUUUAUCACAUUCCCGGUUCGCGGAUCGCUUUUCUGCGAUCGGGCAAUAGACGGGUUACGCAAGCUAUAUUGGCCUUCAUGGGAGACGACCUGGAGCUGGAAGAGUCGAUGAAAAAAGGCGUGGAUGCGCAGAAGGAAACAUGGUUGAGGAUAUUCAACGACGUCGAGAGUUUCGACAAGGAGCGCAUGCUGAGGGGACUCAAAGAAACGGACGAUUUCUACGUGACCAAGAUUGGCCAGGUUAAAAUGGACAGCUGGUCCAAAGGUAGGGUCGUUCUAUUGGGAGACGCGGGAUACUGUCCAAGCGCCGUGACGGGUAUGGGCACCACGGCCGCGCUGACGGGGUCGUAUGUUCUCGCGGGCGAGUUGGCAAGACACGGGAGCGAUGUCGAGGCGGCGCUCAAGGGAUAUGAUAGGGUGAUGCGGCCGUUUGUGCAGGAGUGGCAGAAGUUGAUGCCUGGUUUCCCUCGGUUGGCCCACAUGCAGACAGCAUGGGGCAUUCGGGUCUUGCAUAUUGUGAUGGCACUUAUAGCUUGGUUGGGGAUUGAUAGGUUGCUGAAUCAGUUGUUGCCCGAGAACAAGGGGGGACUUGUAGUUCCUGAGUACCCGGAGUUGAAGUUGGAUUCCUGA